ACUGUGUGCUGUAUUGGAUAUGUUAUAUCCAGAAGUGAGAACAAUUCCGACAGUCUUUGAAUGCAGCACUACAUUGUCAAAACUAAAGCUGUGGAGGCGGUUGAGAGUGGGAUGAGCCGUUGAAUGACCACCAGGCGAGGUGUUUGCACAAGAUAGUGGUGAGAGCCAGCGAGGAUGAUGCCGCAUGUGGGGGCUGUGUUUGCAGCAAUAGCAGGAGUGAUGGCUGUCCUGCUACACUCCUCCAUUCACAAAAUUGAGGAAGGCCAUCUUGCCGUCUACUACAGGGGUGGGGCUUUGCUGACGAGUCCCAAUGGUCCUGGAUAUCAUAUCAUGCUGCCUUUCAUUACUACCUACAGAUCAGUGCAGACUACACUUCAGACUGAUGAGAUCAAGAAUGUACCUUGUGGAACAAGCGGCGGGGUGAUGAUCUAUUUUGAUAGAAUCGAAGUUGUCAACAUGCUGGUCUCCUCAGCAGUUGUGGACAUCGUCAGGAACUACACAGCCGACUAUGACAAAACUCUGAUUUUCAACAAGAUUCACCACGAAUUAAACCAGUUCUGCAGCGUGCACACACUCCAGGAGGUCUACAUAGAGCUCUUUGAUAUAAUUGAUGAAAACCUGAAGACUGCUUUGCAGAAAGACCUUAACGUGAUGGCCCCUGGACUGACCAUACAGGCUGUCCGCGUCACCAAGCCAAAGAUCCCCGAGUCUAUCAGGAGGAACUUUGAACUCAUGGAAGCAGAGAAGACUCGUCUCCUAAUUACUGCUCAGACCCAGAAGGUGGUUGAAAAAGAGGCGGAGACUGAGAGGAAGAAAGCCAUUAUCGAGGCUGAAAAAGUUGCUCAAGUAGCUGAGAUCCAGUACCAGCAGAAGGUAAUGGAGAAAGAGACAGAGAAAAGGAUCUCAGAAAUUGAAGAUGCCGCCUUUGUGGCCAGGGAAAAGGCCAAGGCGGAUGCAGAAUACUACACCGCUGCUAAGUUUGCUGAAGCAAACCAGCUGAAGUUAACUCCCGAGUACCUUGAGCUGAUGAAGUACCAGGCCAUAGCAACUAAUAGCAAGAUCUACUUCGGCCAGGACAUCCCCAACAUGUUUGUGGAGGGAAACCUCGGCCCUCAAAAAGCGGAAAACGGUCACAAGGCACCUGAGCAGGACUUGCUGAAAUCUUAAAAAACUGAUUGUUACACUGAGUCUGAGACAGCAAAGAGCGAUUGGGAGGUUUUGCGUUGAUCAAAAAGCAGAAGGAAGAAGAUAAUAAAAGGGAAUUCUCUUGUUUUUGUUUUUCUAAGUUUAAGAAUGAAAAGCCUGCUAAGAGCUCAUCUGCCUGUAAUGCAACAGCACGAACUUUCCCCAAUUUGCUUAUUUCACUUUUAUUUUUGCUUUUAGCUCAUUCCGCCGUUUGCAAACAUGACUGUUGACACGGCUUAUGUGGACUGGAAUGCAGCGGGUGACGCUAAUUAGAAUCAAGAGGGUAUUUGUUUUGUGUGUAAGAAGAGAUGUUCAAUAACAGGGAGAGGCGUUUAUUUCUUUGGUGUCAAGUUGGGAAUUUCUUGGUUGCCGAGCAAACGGUGCACUGUGGCAUUUGCCUGCUGCUAAAAGAAAGCAAGUUUCCCCCAGAAAAUGCUAAUGAGAAUGUAAACAGUGUUCCAGCGGAAGCGUUUUCUCCCCUUAUUCGGUGUGCUUGUUUGUUGUGAUGAUGAAAGUUGUGCCUACUCAUAUCUGCCAACGCUUUCCGUUUAGAGCUUUUUGAGAUAUCUCAGGAAAAUUAAACUUCGAUACGUUGGGACUUUUUCCUAAUGUUGAUACUGGAUUUAAAUGCUAAUACUUUUAAGUUCUGCUCAUAUUUGCUGUUGUAGGUUAGAAGAAAGCUGUGCGAUGCGAGAGAUGCAAGAAAAUAAGCGUAACGGUUACACAAUCGCUCCACAGUCAGCACAUUGUACAAACUUCAGAGCUCAGUCUUUGCCAAACAAAAUGAGUGGAAUAACACUAGCAUUUUCUUUUUUUUUGGGGGGGGGGCGUAAAACUCGGGGAGUAAUAGUAAUGCUUGUGCAGCGGCUAGUUUGACUUCUUCCUUCUUCUCGGCUUUGUUUUAAGCAAAAUGCGAGCUUGUCAGGUUUAAAGACGGCGGUCAGUCACGCUGUGGUGCAUCAGCGCUGAUGUGAGCCAGGAGAACGAUAUAACUUACUUGUGUUUUGAGAGACACGCGCUGAUGUUUACGUGACUGCCAAAUGGCCGCGCUCUUAGACGGGCUGCGGCGGUGGCUGCAGAUAACCAUGCAAAUGAGGGGUACAAAUCACUAAACAUGAUUUAGUUCUUUCCUGAUAUUUUAUACAAUCUGUGAAAUUCUUUGAAAUUGUUUCUCCUUGUUUUUAAAGGGUUUAUAUGCAAACAAAAACAAUGUUUUGACAAUGUUCUUAAAUAAAGCCUAUUUUGAUACCUCU